AUGCCGGACCACUUGGUGACCGCGGGCUCGGGACACAUCAGAUUUUGGAAAAUGGCUCAAACGUUUACCGGGCUGAAGCUUCAGGGUCAACUCGGACGGUUCGGAAAGACGGAUGUAUCCGACGUGGUCGGAAUAUUUUCGAUGCCUGACGAAAAAGUACGAAUCGUUUUUUUUCUCUUUUAUAGUUUCGCUUAUAACUUGCCCGUGCCGAAAUGAAAAGGAACGACCGCAAUAGGCAAAUAUAUAUCUGUAGCUUGGUGCAAGAAGGGCCAAUGUCACGUUUUGUGAUUAUUGGGAAAUGGGCUUUUAAAUUUAUAUUCCCCAUAUUCCCUAUGUAUUUUAUUAAAUGUAAAUGUUUGUGUAAUUUUCAAUUUUUAGAAAAACUUAAAAACAGUUUUUAAUAAGAAAAUAAAUUUUUUAUUUUAUUUUUUUUGUUUAUUGAUUGUUUCAAAAAGAAUUGAUAUUGACCCUUUUUGUACCAAAGAUAUAUGUGUAUAUUUUUAGUAUUGUAUAAUAAUUUUCUGAUCGUUCAGGUUAUAUCAAGUUGUGACUGGGGAAAUUUAUUGGUGUGGGACGAACAGCUGGUGACACUCGAGGUGAUGCGGAAAGGGAGGAAACCGUGUCAUCUGGCGCCGAUCAUCAUGUUGUUCUAUUCCAAACACACCGCGGAGUUGACCACCGUCAGCAUGGACGGGACGAUUAAAUUUUGGUAUUACCCGACGAUCGAAACCGCGGACCCGCCGGAAGACGACCGGAUACUGGAAAUGGAACCGUCAUUCACCAUUAACGUCCAGGACUCGAUCGGCGUGGCCAAAAUUACGGGCAUAUGCAAACUCGACUGCAGCGAUCCGAGUUCGUACGACUAUUUUAUUCAAGUAAGUAUAGAGACGAGAUGACCAUAUAAAAAAAUAAUAAUAAACCAUCCAUCUCACACCAAAUUCGAAUCUCCAGUGAAUCUCCAUUACACUAUUAAAUCUUCUAUCAUGUUCUGGGACUUUCUAUACAUAAGUUAUACACACGGAUUCUGCUCCAUCGCCUCUUAUAUUCCUAAGUGCUCUACCUAUUGUAUUAUUCUGCUCCGUAUUACGUCUACAAAUAUAUAAUCGUGCUUUGGAUCAUAGGCGUGACUAGACUUCAUCCGCAGCGGUAGCCUGACUAAUGACCGACAUCAGUUAAUGAAACCGAAAAAUCACCUAAGGGGGAAGGUUAGUCCUCUCUAAUUUAAAAUAUUCAUAUAAUUUAAAAAGCCUGUAUUAUCUAUUUACAAUUGAUAAUGUACAGUAUUUUCAGUACCUUUAAAUUUAACUACGGAAAUAUUAUUCAUGUACAGGCUUGGAUUACACCGCUAUAUAAGUAAUUAACAAACUAUAUGAUGUGUUAGUACAUAAAAUAAUAAAAAUGACGGACUAAUAGAGAAUAAUAUAUUGUUAAUUAUAAGAAAAUAAACAAUUGCUUAUUAUAUUUCGUUAUUUAAGAAAUCAAUGUAUUUUUUUUUUUUUAAUAAAAGUUGUAAUUCAAGACAUACAAUUCGGUUAACCGGUGUCGACAAUUACCGGGGCAGCCCAGGCACCCUAGGUUGCCGUCGUAGACACGCCUAUGAUUUGGAUUAAGGUCUCUGCGGGCUCUGCAUUAUUUGUCCUCCUUGUCAUCCACUGUCAGCUAUCAGCUGUUCAUAAUUUGUGGUCGGGCCGAAACGAUUUUCAUCCCGUUGUACAAUGAAAACUGCUUCUUGUCUAAUUUUCUUAGCGACCAUGUUUCCGCUCCCUAUAAAAAGACUACCAUGAUAUACAUCUACGUCGAUUGAACAAUUAAUAAUCAUCUCUGACGUAUUCAUCCAUUAUUUAUUAGGAUGGCAACGGGGGAUUAUGGCUGGCUGACAUCGAAGUGACCGCAAACGCCAAACCGCUGAAACGAUUGGCUAAAUUCCAUGGCGACCAGAUUACUUCUCUGCAGCCGUCACCCAUCGGUUACUUCAUCUCUACCACGUCGUUGGACGGAUGGUUACACGUGCACGACGUCGUCAACAAAAAGUUGAUAUUUAUGCACGAUUUCGCAGUACCGGUCACGUCGUCGAUUUGGUUACCGUUAGAGGUAAACUCGUAAAAACUAAUCGUAUCGGUAUGGUGCAUAAAUAAAUAACGUUUGUACGAGUUAGAUAGUGAAAUCGGGAAAUAUAUUCGCAAUUGGAUUUCAAACCGGAAUUUUGAAAAUGGUCGCUGUUUCGUUUUCUCCAGUAAUUUCCCCGUCGAGUAGUUUCGCGGAUAUUAUCGGAGACGAAAAUGCACGUCUCGUUGUACUACAAGUAACAAUUACCUGCAGUAUCUUUAUAUUCUGUACUUUUAUAUUAUUAUAAACUUACGAAAAACUGUUUUUCAGAGUUCUAAACCGCACACAAGCAGCAUCAGACACUUGACCGUGAACCGCCGUGCUAACGUUCUUGUGUGCGGAAGCGACGAUCGGUCGAUAUUUGUGUAUAAAAUCGAAACGGAACCGUUCAAGUUGAAACCCAUUGGAAUGUAUCCGCUACCCGGAAAAGUGACUUUUAUUCACUGGAAACGGUCGGAAGUAAAUAAUUUAUGUAAAAAAAAAAAUUAUAGAGAAAAAAACCAAUUUAUUCGGAAUACACUGUUUUCUUAAAAAUUAAUUUCAGGAACAGACGAUAUUAAUUAGCUGCGAUAGUGGCCAUAUUGUUGAAGUGAAAGUUCCCGCGAGCCGACCGGUGUACACAAAAAAUUCGUUUUUGCUGAAACUUGAAUCGCGAACAAUAAAAACGGCAAGUAUUAAGUCGGGAUCAUCUCGCGACGACUCCGUCGAAGAGACGGAAAAAAAGCAAAACGAGCAUAUUAGUAAAAUGCGAGAAAAAUUGGAAACACACGGCGGAGAAAAUGUCGGCGUAGAAUCCGAUAAAGAUUUGUAUUUUCAUGAUUCGAAAGACGCCAAUGGAGAAAUACCGAAACUAUCUGUUCCUGCAGUUUCGAAUGCCGUACUGUUCGCUAUUUACAGUCCAUCGGAAAAAAGUCUGUGGGUGUCCAUUGACGGACACGGUGCCGGUUACUUGUACGAGUACGAUUUCAACUCGUCCGGACCGAUAAAUUCGAUAAAGUUACGCGACCAAAAAAAUACUGUACCGUUGACCGCGAUUAAUAUGUUGUAAGUUUAACGUAUACAAAUAUUUUACAUUUGAGGCGGAGUAGGAACCAAAAUUCAGACCGGGAGAUUAAUAUUUAUCCUGCAGACCACCCAAUAAAAUACAUACUUACUGAACAAAAUUUUCUCGCGUUUCAAUUUGAACCACUGGACAAACCAGGAUUUUAAAUCGAGGGGAGUUAAAUAGGUGAUUACUUGAGGGGGGGUCCAGGGGUCUUGACCCCUCCAACAAUUUUAUAAAAGUGAUUUUAUCGAUAUGAAUUUGAAUGUGAUACUUUAAACGAAAAUGUAUACAAAAAAAAAAAAAAAAACUUAAAAUAGGUACUGAAAUGAGAAAAAUAAUGUGUUUUAGCAUAGAUUUUUACAAAGUUUUUAAAUAAUCUGAGUAAAUAAAAUAUCAUAUACAAAUAACUAGGCUACUGAGCUAUUUGGAAAAUUCUCAUUUCCAGACCGGCCACUAAUGUGAAGUAUUACUCGAAAAGCAUAUACUUACCUAAAUCACUCACUAACUGUAACUGAAUAGUAAAAAUAAACACUUGGAGUUUUUGAUAGGUUAGUAAGUAGGUUCACAAUCAAAAAAAAUGUAGGUAUUUACAACCUAAGACGUUACGAGUACGGUCAAUGAUUACCGGCAUUUACAUUUUCCAGGGGAUCUGCGGACGAAUCGAUAACAAUUAUAAUGGGAUUUGCCGACGGUAGAAUCCGUGUCGUAAAUGUUAACGUCGCAGACGUUUCCGAUUUUAGUGAUUUUAUCGAAUACUCGAUUCACGACAACAUUACUGGACGGAUAAAAACCACGUGUUUCAGUCAAGACAAUCGUAUGUUGUAUACCUGCGGAGACGAUCGGAACAUUUUCAGUUUUAUGUACCAAUGCGAUUACGAUGUAGUCGAGAAGUGUGUGAUUUCGAUUUCCGAACUACCCCGGCCGUCCAAAAUAAUCGCAAGUUAAAAGAUCAAAUAAUGUAAUUAAUAUAAUUUAUUAUGUUGUUAAUUAUUAUAUUAAUUUUCAGGACCAAGAUAUUAACCAAACCAAAGAAAAUUUAAAACUCAGUUUAGAAGAGAUAAAGAUUAAUAAGGAAAGGCACAAAAAAUUACACUUGGCUAACAAAGAAAAAGAAAGAAUCGUUUGUUUGUUGAAUAGACUUAAAGAAAAGUUUAAAAAAGUUUUAGACAGUAACAAGGCACUACCAAAACGACUACAAUUUCCGCAGGAUUAUUUUCAAUUCCACGAUCAAAUAGACAAUUCACUUAUUACAGAAGCUCAGACCGAAAUGGAUAAAUUACAAGCAGAACUCGAGUUUGAUUAUGAAAAGAGCUUAUUAGGUCUCACAAAAGUGAAAAAUUAUUUUGUCGAUCCAGUUAUAACUGCUAAGUUCGAAGUCCGAGCAGUAUUGUACGUACUAUUUUAUACAAAUAGUUUCUUUUUUUUUAUUAUUUAAAUUAUAAAUUUAUCUUAAAUCAAAUAUUCGCAGACAAGAUGUAAGAGUCAAAACAAUAUAUCAUAAAAAUCGUCAUAAUCUGUUCAGGAAUUUAAUCGAUGAAUUUACGGCUAAGAAACAUAAAAAACGUUGGUGAGUUUUUGAAUUUAAUAAUACGUAAUACAUUUUUGUGAAUAUUUUUUUGAAAUAUAAAUUAUACAUGUAUAUACACGCUGCUAAGUCUAGAGGGAAUACAAAAGUCAAACACUAUAAGGUUUGUAUGUGCACAUUAUUUUAAAACAACUGAAAAAUAUGAAAUUAAAUAAACAAUUUAUAUAUUCCUUUGACUCUUUUACUUCCUUGUUUUGCUCCCAUUUGCUCCGCGACUAUGAUAUUGUUAACGAUCUUGGUUUCAAAUUCACCAUAAAUAUCUCAAUCAUAGCUCGCAUAUUCUUACCAAAUAUUUUCAACUUAAGAUGUCUAUUAAAGCAUUAUAUUGUACAUUGGUACGUCUAAUCUUGGAAUAUGGAUUCGUCGUUAUCUGGGACCCACAUAAAUCUAAAGAACUCAAAUCAUCUAGAAAGGGCCAAACGUACAUUUUUGAAAUUUCCUGGGUUUUCUCUAAAGAUACUAAGAUACACCACGCAGAACAUGAUUGUACAUGCCUAUUGUAUCCUUCACUAGCAGAACGUCGACUUAAUGCGAACAAAUAAUUCUUAUGGGGUUUAUUAUUGUUUGAGGCAUUGAUUCAUUUAUUUAUCUUUUUGUCUUUAAUUAAUUUUAGAGUUCCUCCACGACCAACUAGCCUUAAUGCUCCAUAUCACAUUCCUUGUUGCUCUACCAAUUACUUAACCAAUAAAUCAAUCUAUUGAUUAAUGCAGUUAUAGGUUUAUAGCCAAUUUGGAUCCCCCCUCAGGUUAAGAGUAAAUCGUAUCUUUCCCUAACAUUUGUCUGUAAUUUAUUGUUAUUGUAAUAUUUUGUUGUAGUACUUGAAUAUCUAAUUGUGUUUAUAAUAGAGCUCAUCCGUAAAUAUACAUAAAAUAUAAAAAUAAAUAGUUAUAGUUUAAAAUUGAAAUAGAAAAGUAUUUAUAUUUAAAUUAAUAUUAUUAUUUUAGACCGCACAAUCUGACGGUAUUGGUAAAAACAAACGAUAACCAAAAUCGUCCAGUAAGCGAAUCGGAAAUUUUUCUUCGAAAUAUGGUUGAGAUGUAUCAAUUUUUGCCAAAAAAAAUUCAGAGUGCCAUUGACAAGUUUCGCGCUAGAAUAACCUAUGAAAAUGAAAAAAUUUUUAAUAUUGAAAGUUUUGAGAAAGAAAAUAAAAAAAUUGAUAGUAAUCUCGAAGAAAUUGAAAUAGAUAACGCUUGGAAAACUAUUGGUGACUUCAAUUUGAAAAAUUCGCCGGACUUCAAACUGACCGAAGAGCAAUUAGUUUCGAUGGAAGAUAAAUAUAAACAAUACAUGAGUGUUAAAAACGAGGUUGGUUUUCCUUGUUUUUAUUUAAAUUUGCACAUGUAGAUCCCUAAUUAUGUAUUCCAUAUUUGUAUAGAUAAACUCCUUGAAAUCAAAUUUUAACGAAAAAAUCGCUGACCUAAGACAACGUAAAAUUCAUUUAUUACACGACUAUAAACAAUUCAAAUUCGAUGUCUGUAGGAUACAAAAUGAAUUAAACGAUCCGGGAAUAACAAGUCCUCAGAAUUUCCCGGAAGUUUUAGUAGACGAAUUUAUCGAUGUAAGAAAGAAGUAUAUAAUAUUUUAUGUUAAAUAAAAUAUUUAAAUCAUAAUAUUAGAUUCUGACUGAAGCAAGAUCAUGUUUUUGUUUUGGUAAUAUUUUUUAUCUAUAAUCGGUAUAAUUAUGCAGUUUUUCUGUAAACGAUUUUUCUACUAAAAAUGUUGCUCAAACAAUAUAAACGUAUAGACAUUUUUUUAUAAUAUUUUUGAUCUAGUUGGUGCGUUAAGGAGGCCUUUUCUUGAUUUUCCUUAUGAUUUUUUUAAUAAAUCGGAUUUUUGGGUUACAUUGGUAAUAAGGAGAUAUAAAUAAAUAAAAAGUUUAAUAAUUGAAAAAAUUGGGAAAGUAAACGGAAAUAACGUUUUCAUUAUUUUCAAUUUUAUUUUUCUGUUUGAUUUGGUUAAAAAUAAUCGUAGAGAUCUGACAUUUUUCUUGAAUAUAAAUAAAAAUCGAUUUUUCUAGAUGCGAUUUCAGGGCUAUGAAUGAAAAAUGUCUAAAAGAAAAUGUAAAAUCAAAGUUUAAAAAUCGAACACUCAGAUUUUAAAUACAUUUUUGACUUCGGAUUCUCAAUAUCCGAAUCAAUUUUUGGUAAAUCCGGAUUAUUCUCAUCACUAGUAUCUACUUUUCGGCGGUUUUGAAAAAUUGCUCAUAACUUUUUUACAAUAAUUUGGAAAAAUGUCCGACCAAUAUAAUAUUUAGAUUAGUUUGAUUGAAUACUGUUACAUGUGUGCCGCUAAGUUCACGGACGUAUAAUGUAUAUUUUUUUUUGUUUUUUGUAAUUUAAAAUUGUGACAAAUCACGUCAUUUCAUAUCGAACAGUGUUUAAUCGAACUUUGCUCAGAAUCGUUUUUAGUUAUCAAUGAUCUAUAGUUACCUGCAUAUAUUGAUUUAACUAACACUAUGUGUUCUACCUUCCUAAUAAUUGCACACCUAUUUAAAGUAUUAUAUUGUAUAUUAUAUUACUAUACUGAUGUAUUAAUAAUUGGUGAUCAUAAUCUAUUUUUAUAAACACAGUAAUACUUUAUUUAUUUUUGAUUUUAAUUUUAAUUUUAUGUUUUAGCCUAGCUCAAUCGAUUCUUUCGAACCGUUGUACCAUUCGGAUCCGUUGGACUUUGUUUUAAACCCCCAAAUAAAUAAUUUAUACCCAAUGUCUAAAAACGUAUCGUACGAAUGUCUUACAUACCUAGAAAUAAUGACGCAGCAAAUGUUAAAAGAUAAAUUAAAACAUAGGCAUAGAUGUUUGCACGAAUCUAUGUUAACAAAAAUCACCAUGUUUGACAAUCACCUUUUAAUGUUAAAAAAAUUACGAAAAGACGUCAAACUACAGAUUACUGUUCUAAAAUUAUUUUCUUUGACUUUGGAAGAAGAAUUAAUAAUUUUGAACGAAUGUGAUUUACGGGAAGAUGAAUAUGCAUACACUGUACAUUUAAAAACUGAACAAAAAAAUGCUAAAGUUGACCAGGUCACUGAUUUAAACUAGUUAUUGAUUUAAAUAUAACAUAAAUCCAUGAAUGUUCAUUAUAGAUAAUGAAGAUUCAAGAGGAUAUAACACAUCAUAAUCAAUUUAUAAAAAAAAAACUAAACGAAAUAGUAGACAUUCAGCAUACCUUUGAAAUAGAAAUUCGGAAUAACAAUUUUGCUAAACAUCUGAGGAAAAUUUUCAAAAAGAAAUUUAAAACUCCCAAAGUCAAAACCUACGACGAUGACGGUAUAAAAUUGAUAAUGUAUAUUUCUUAUUGCGAUUUGUCAUAGGUAUCUACAUGUUGUUUAGCGGUUUGCAUUCAAAUUGAAAUAUUUUAUAGAUUCCUUGUCGUCUUCUUCGUCAGACGACAGUGGUGACUCUGAAUCAGAAUCUGAAAAUGUUAAAAGCGACGAGUCAUUGACAACAAUGGGGGAACUUGGAGUAUACCAUGAAAAUGUAUUACCAGAAGGUUGUGAUCCUGCAAUAUACGCAUUGACUUUUGAGUUGAGAUCAAAACGGUACGAAAUGGAGAAAUAUAUUGACAGUAAAAGAAAAAUUGUGGAAUCGUUAAAUAAAAGUUUAUUACUAGCUUAUGCAGAACUUGAAACCCUCGAAAAUGAAUUAAAGCAAAAUUUUGCCAAUCUAGAAACAUACCGGGUUAGAAAUUCACUUAAAUAAUUACAUUUUAAAUAGGUAGUUAUUUAUUUAACUUUUCGAAUUAUAGAUUAAAAAACAGCUGAAAUUAAAUGACGUUGAUAUGACAAUAGUAUUAAAUAAAUCUCAAAUGACAAAAACUAGAUUGUUUAAAAAUUCGAUCUUGGUACACGGCAAUGUGAUCCAAGAUCUGGCGAACAGAGUGACCGAGUUAAAAAAGGAGACUGAGGAAAUUCAAAAAACGUAUAAGAAAGAACAGUUAAAAGCUAAACAGUUACGUACAGAAAUAGCCAACACUAAUCUUGAUUUAAAAAAUUAUAAAUUGGCCAUUAAAGAUGAAAUUAUGAAGAAAUUUAAAACUAUAGCAAGUUGGAGUUUUAUAGAUGAAAUGGAGAGGACUAUAAUCAACUACAUGAUUAUUUGUGCCAAUUCCAAUGCGGAAGAAAUGACGGAACGUCAUACUAAAGAAAUUAAAUUAAUAAAUGUAUCUAUACACCAUAAUGUACUUACAAUCUAAACUAUUAAAAUAUAAUAUAACUUUUUGAUCGAUUUAUUUUCAGAAAAAAAUCAGAGAUCAUCAAGAAAUAUUGGCCGAUCUGUUAGGGGCUCAAACGGUCAAAAAAAUGACUUUAAAAGGUGUCCGCGAAUGCAAUCGGCAAAUUCAACAAUCGUUGAUUGUCCAACAACAAAAUGCUGCAAGUUUUAUUUCCAAUUUUAUCAUCUAUAUUUUCCAUUCAAACUAACAUUGUCUGUGCAUAGUAUUGAACAAAUAUAAAAACGUGCUCCCCGUCACCCGAUGUUCUCCUAAUAGUAACCGUUUUACUGUUUCAUUGGUGUUACUUUAAUGUGGUUUUUUUUUCUUUCAAAAAUACGAUUAAUAACACUUGGUCGCGUAUUUAAAGGAAAAUACAGCAAUAGUUCUUGACACUGGACUAAUUUUAAAGUAGUAUAUAUAGUGUCACUGAAAUAGCCGCAAUUCAUAAUAUCAGAAUGAAACCAAUAAAAAAAUCGCAAAACAAAUAAUUUUAAAUUCUUAAAAUAUAUAGGCUAUAAAUAGUUGUAAAUCAUCCCACAGGAACGCAUUACCGGGAUAUAAAGUAUCCUACCUAAUACGCUAAUCCACAUUAUAUACGGGUGUCAAAUUUCAUCAAAAUCCGUUCAGUCAUUUGGCGUGAUCGAGUCACAAACAUCCGAACGUUGUCACAAACUUUCACAUAAUAUUGGUGGGAUUAUUCGUUUUUUACCUAUACCUAGUCAAAAUGGAAAUGUGCCUACAUUUUAUUGUAUUAUAGUGUGUUUUUUGUAAUUAUUAGGUAUAGUAUUAUUAUUAAUUUUUUUUUACAGACAAAGAUUCAACAUUUAUCGGCAGUUGACGAUUCGAAUGCAUCCAAUUUAACCAAUUUAAAAAACGUCUGUAAUACACUAUCGAAACGUAAAGAAGACCUUUGCAAAGAGAUCGAAUCGCUAAAGCACAAGGGCAAAAUGUUCCCUCCUAUCAUACAAAACCAAAAUAUGUCCAAUGCAAAUGUAAGUCGAACUGUUAAUUUAUAGGUUUCAUGUAUCUACGUUAAAAUAUUAUAAUGGGUGUAUACGUUCGUCGGAACGAAAACUGUUCGAUUUGGACUCUUGUGGAUUCAACUGGGUUUUACUAUUUCCAGUUGAACUUUUAGAAGUGGAAUUUUGUUAAUUUUGAUUUGUUUACAUUUACGUUUCAGCGCACGGCCGCGAAACAAGCAAACGCCGUACAAGACCGGCCGCAGUCGAUCGGCGAUCAGCUGCAUCUGAUGCGCAAUGCAUCGCCGACCGCGCCGGACGAGAGCGAAGGAUCGUGGACCAUCAAAGACGACGACGACGACGGCGAAGAGUUUUACAACAUGGAGUUCAACGUGGAGCCGAAGGCGCAGUCGGCGUCGUCCAAACAAUCGUCGCGGCUGACGAAACAGUCGUCGCACUUCGAUGACGACAGCUCUGUCGGUGACGACGUCGGGGGAGAAAACGAUUGGACACGGUACUGUUACGACGACCGGGCCAUCAUCACGCCCAACGUCGCCGUUGGCGACUUCCCGAAAAUCGUCGAACACGACGGAGCGUCCCGAGACGGCCGGUCGGACGAAAACGUCGAUGACGACCAGUCGAUGGACGAUAAAAUCGAUUGACCGGCCGUCGGUGUUGCUUGUUGCCGAACCGUUUCGGCGCGAACGAUAUUUCGGAUCAACCGUAGUGCAUAUAAAUGUCUGAUUAUUAUUAUUAUUGUAAUUUAUGUGUGUGUUUAAUUCGAGAUUCCACGAUAAUACCAUAUGUAUUCCGUUCUGGACUCUGAAUACGAGAGCAUAAAGUGUGCAGCUCGAAAUUCAAACGUGUUGUAAAAAAAAAAAAAACGAAAGAACGUUAAAAGAACCGCGCCCAAGGGUGCCAAAUGUGUAAAUACGUCCUCUGGACGAGUAAAACAGUGCCAGUACUUACACCUAUAAGUACCUACUGUGUCUUAACCUUUGCAUAAUACAUAAUACAAAACUGAC